AUGCUUCCCGCAGGCUGGUGCUCGUGGCUGGCAGGACCCGCCUUCGUCGACUCCCCAGCCAACGUGACGGUCAGCGAAGGAUCACACGCCUUCCUCCCUUGUCGAGUGGCCAACCUAGGCGACAGAUCUGUCACUUGGAUGAGACGCCGUAACCUGCACAUCAUUACUGCCGGUCUGCUGACCUACUCUCCAGAUGAUCGCUACAGAGUGCUUCACCCAGUCAACACGGACGAGUGGACACUGCACAUCAAGUUUGCUGAGCCAGGGGACGGAGGGUGGUACGAGUGUCAGGUUAACUCCGACCCUAAAAUCACCCGACCCGUUCUGCUAAUUGUCAAAGACAAAAAUAUGGAUGAUCCAUUUUACAAACAUGAGUUGGACACCACAGACAACAGUACGCAGGUGCAUAUUGAAGGUCCUCCCGAGCGCUAUAUCCAGCAGGGCAGUGUAUUGGCUGUAAUGUGCACUAUAGUUCAUUCUGUAAACAAGGGGCCUCAACACGUUGUGUGGUAUCAAGGAGCCUCCAGACUUGAUUACGAUGCUCCCAGGGGAGGCAUCGCUCUUCAGACUGAGAAAACCUCAAGCAGGACAGUGAGCAGAUUAAUGUUAUCAGCGGUGACUUCUCAGGACUCAGGGAGGUACAGCUGCCGACCAGACACCGGGGGAUUUGCCUCAGUCUCAGUACACGUCCAGUCCGGUCAGCAUCAAGCCGCCGUGCAGCAGAGUGGCUUCAACGCCUCCAUCAACGCGACUUACUCUAUACAAUAUGUCUUCCUAUUCUGCGCCCUCAGUCACUUGGUCAUCACAUCCCACUUUCGAUGACUGACAACAAAUAUUCAAUCUUAUUAGAUUCUAAAGUGAUAUCCAUUGUUAAGAUAGACGAAAUUGUCUAAAAAAUGUAUAUACUAUUUUUGUAAAUAUCUUUAAAAAGAUGGGUGAAACAAAAUUAUUUCUACGGCUUCAUGCACUAAUGUUUCUUAAUUCAAGCUUCAAUAAGGAGUGUUUCCAUGUGACUUCACCAGCGACCACAUAUGUUUAUUUUCAUUAUACUGCUGAAGUAAAAGUAAACUAUGUAUUAU